AUGGAGCCCCGCGGCCGCGGCGCCGCGCCCGGCGGCGUGUCCGUGUCGGCCGUGCUGCCGGCGGGCGGGAGCGGGGAGCGCCUGGGCGGUGCCACCCCCAAGCAGUUCUGCGCCGUGCAGGGGAGGCCGCUCGUCAGCUACGCGGUGCGAGCCAUGGAGAGGAUAAGUUGGAUAUCUGACAUUGUUGUGGUGGUCUCUCCUGAAAAUAUUGAAACAAUGAAGACUAUCAUUGAAAAAUAUGGCCACAAAAGAGUCACAGUAGUAGAAGGUGGAAUAACUCGUCACCGGUCAAUAUUCAAUGGACUGAAAGCGUUUGCAGAGAAUGAAUUUUCCAGCCAUUUGCUCCAGAAGCCAGAAGUAGUGAUUAUCCAUGAUGCUGUGAGGCCUUUUGUUGAAGAAGAUAUUGUUUCAAAAGUGGUUAUGGCUGCUAAAGAACGUGGGGCAGCAGGAGCAAUUCGUCCUUUAGUUUCUACUGUUAUUGCCUCUGCUCCUGAUGGCUGCUUGGACCACUCACUGGAACGUGCCAGGUACAGAGCAAGUGAAAUGCCUCAGGCUUUCUUGUUUGAUAUAAUCUAUGAAGCAUACCAACAGUGUACAGACUAUGACCUGGAUUAUGGAACUGAAUGUUUGCAUCUGGCUCUGAAAUACUGUAAAACAAAUGCCAAACUUGUUGAAGGAACAGCUGACCUCUGGAAGGUGACCUACAAGCGAGAUCUGUAUGCAGCUGAAUCAAUCAUUAAGGACAACCUAUCACAACAAGUUUGUGUUAUCACCAAUGUGAAGGAAACUCUUGCACAAGUAGGUUUCCUCCUUUCUGAAUCUCUGAAAAGCCAAAUAAAAGUUGAAGGUAUUUCAGUAUCUCUAAGCAAAAAUGAUAGCUGUCUACAAAACAUCAUUUCAGGACAGUGCUACAAUUUUGUUUGUGUAAAUGAUAAAAGGUGGGCUAUUCAAGAAACCCAGGAACUAGUAGAUGUGUUGGAAAAAUCAAAUAUUCCUCUCUUAUAUCCGGUUGUCCUUAUUUUGGUGCACUUGGAUAUUCCAGAAAAUAAUUCUUUCAGCAUUGGGAUGGAAGACCUAACUACAAUCAAGAAAUUUGCAAGAGAAACUAAAAAGAAAAAUAUUUUAGUUUAUGGUCUCCUUAUCCAAUAUAAGGACCCUUUGCUGCUUCAGGAGACAGUAAAUUCUGCUGCUGCUCUUAUCAUGGCAUUGAUAAAGGACAGAAACCCAGAGCUUAUUGGCCAGCUGUUGGUAGCAUAAGACCAUAAAUCAUGUGUAGCUUUUGGAAAUGUUAGUUUUCAUCAUCUGUUCACCAAAGGUCUUAAGUAAUUUUAUUCUUUGUUGAAAACUCUGUAUUUAUGCCAUUUAUUAUUAAGAUCAUUUAAUAGCAUAUUUUUUAUAUUUAAAAUACAAUCUAAUAUUAUGUAUAAAGUGUAAAAGGAAAUACAAAUAAUUCUGAGAUACACUGGGUAUAUACUGUGAGGAAUGAUACUGAAAUAUUUUUCAAGGUACUGAUCAUUUUAAAGGUGCACAGAGGACACCAAAGCAUUCAUGCAAAAUGGUCUUUAAGUAUGUGUGUGUGUUGUACUCUAGGACUGCAUUAAUUAAGUUUUAUUU